GAAAAAUGGCUUCAAGAAAGAAUGAGAAAAAUGUUCAAGAUGAACCUGUUGAUGAAGAAAUGCCUCCUUUGGAAGAUAUAGAUGAUGAGUUGAUUGAAGAGCCACAAAUAAAUGAUGGAGAGGAUGAUGGUGGGGAUGAUGGAUUUAUUUUGGCUAAAAAGACCAACAAGAAACGCAAACUUCCCAAACUUUCUACUGAUGCCGACCAGCCUGAUGCUAAAAAAGGAAAAGAUAAUGUUAACUGGGAGAUGAGGAAAGUUUCAGUACCUCCACAUCGUUAUACUCCGUUAAAGAAGAAUUGGUCAAAACUUGUAGCGCCGAUUAUUAAUGAAUUAAAAAUGCAAAUUCGUUAUAAUCUCCGAACUCGAAAUGUGGAAAUUCGAUGUCCAAAUGCUGAUGGAAACAAGACACAUUUACAAAAGGCUGCUGAUUUUGUACAAGCAUUUUUGUUGGGAUUUACGAUUGAAGAUGCUGUUGCUUUAAUUCGUUUUGAUCAUAUGUUUAUGGAAAGCUUUGAAAUUAAUGACGUCAAAACCCUUCGUGGUGACCACCUCAGUCGAGCAAUUGGCCGAAUUGCUGGAAAGGAUGGCCGUGUUAAAACAACAAUUGAAAGUGUUACACAAACGAGAAUUGUUUUGGCAGAUGAUAAAAUUCAUUUACUUGGAGCUUUUAAUAAUUUAAAAAUUGCGAGACACACAAUAUGUUCUUUAAUUAUGGGUACCCCAAUAAACAAGAUUCACGGAAAUUUGAGAAGUUUGGCAAGUAGAUUGGCAGAACAACUUUAA